AUGGACAUAAACUUCUGGUUUUCAGAUAAUGAAUCUUACAAAAAAUACUGGACAAUUAUCAAAGCAAUUUGUAAAGUUGAAGGUUCAAUUCAAAGAGACUUUGUCAACGUUUCAUUCUACCACGUAAAUGGCGAGCAGAUUGAGUUAGCCCAUAUUUACAUCAGAAUGUUACGACACGAAAUCAUGCAAUUUUCUAAAGCAGCUGUUCCUGACAUCUCAGAAAUAAGAGAAAUAGUCGCAAGAACUCUGUACACAAUCCAGGAAUUUUACAGCAAUACGAACUGGAUAGAACUUUGUGGGAAUGCUGUUUAUUUGGAUUUUGGGCAAGACAAUGUAACAUUAGUAGAGCUGGCGGGUCCGAAAGAGGAUACAUGUACCAACUGUAAUUAUAAAGAAGGGCUUUCAAUGUGUGACAACAACUUAGUUGCUGACAAAUUAACAAGUGACUACAAAUCUGGACAACAAGUAACUAAACCUUUCCGACAGGGAUUAAGUGGAAAAUGCAGUCAUGGAACACAGGAUGACGAAGGUCGAUUGAUGACUGCCACUGGCGGUAUAUACAAGGGAAGAUCUGUUCAAAGCGAGGCUCCGCAUAGCAACUUCCACAGGGCGGCCGCAGAGGCAGCCAUAUCCGCUACACAGUAUUUUCUUAUUGCUCCAGAUAGGGGGCUUUUAAGCCUUAUGGGCGAGAAAGUUUUCCGGGAUGUUUUUGGAAUACGAAGCAGAGAGGAAGUGGUUAAGACGUCUUUAACUUUCGUCAUUGAUGUCACAGGCUCUAUGGGUAGUAACAUUAGAGAGGUCAUAAAGGGAACGCAGAAAAUAGUCAAUGAAGCUAGAGAUUUUCAAUUCGUGCCUGGAAACUACAUUCUCGUCACAUUCUCUGAUCCUGCUUCGUUGACGACUGGUCGAAAGACAACAGAUCCACAAACUAUGAUAUCAUGGCGUCAGAAUCUUACGGUCAGCGGAGGUGAUGAUUGUCCCGAGUAUGCUUUAACUGGAUUGUUAAAAGGAAUAGAAAUGUCGAAUAAAGAUUCGAAGAUUUACAUCUAUACUGAUGCAGACGCAAAGGACGAAGAAUUACUUCCUCAAGUGAAUGCGAGAGUGAAAGAAAAAUCCGUAAAGCCUAUAUAUAUCCUCACUGGACAAUUCAAGUCUUCCAAAAAGUUUGCUGUUGAACAAGUACGACCUUACCGUAAGAAAAGGUCGAGCUUGUCGGUGUUUCAGGCAAUAGCUGAACAAGCUGGAGGUAAAGUCAUUCAGACAAAAGUGGAGUUACUUGGAGCUAUCGUGGAAAAGGAAAUCAAGACGUUCCCAUCUUCCAAUGUUUUUGUAACAUGGUUUUUGAUUCCUGACGGAUUCAAUGAAAACUAUAGCAUUCCUAUUGACAACGGCAUCAACACAUUAAAGAUAUUUAUUAAGAAUGUUUCAACAGAAUCCGAGUUUUCUCUGUUUUAUCCCAAAG